GCAAAACCGGCUAAGCCUAUGUGAUCAGAAGGUUACCGGAUCGAGCUCUCUGGCCUCUACAGAAAAGUUACAUGUGCUCUUGAGCGAAGACCUUAACUCCUACCUCCAGGGGCGCUGCACGCUGGCUGACCCUGUGCUGUGACCCCCAAGCUUGCUGUCACCUGCAUACGUGUCUUUGAGUCACAUGGAAAGCAGUGAUGCCAAGAAAUAGGAAAUCAGCAGCGACGAAGGACGUCAAGGGGGAUGGUGUCCCCCCUAAGCAGAGGCGGACGGAGGAGCCCCCCAAAGACGUUCCUUCAUGCCUUAAUUUCGACAGUCCUUCCAGCCUCUUCCAAAGCCUGAUAGCCCCUCUGGGAGUGGAGGAGUUUUUCCGGGAUUAUUGGGAGAAGAAGCCGCUGCACCUGCAACGCCACGACCCGGCCCUGGCAGCCUACUACCGCUCGCUCUUCCAACUCUCUGACCUGAAGGGGCUGUGCGGCCGAGGCCUGCAGUACCCUGCCGACGUCAACAUCUGUCGCUGCGUCGACGGCAAGAGGAAGCCGGUGGCCAGAAGGGGGCGCGUGGUUUACAGCGAGCUGAAGAAGGAGUUCGACAAGAACAGGGUCACUAUACAGUUCCACCAGCCGCAGCGCUUUCAGGAUGAGCUGUGGAGGAUCCAGGAGCAGCUGGAGUGCUUCUUCAAAUCCUUGGUUGGCUCUAACGUCUACAUAACGCCGCAGGAAUCACAAGGGCUUCCCCCGCAUUACGAUGACAUCGAGGCUUUCGUCCUGCAGCUAGAGGGCGAGAAGCACUGGCGUCUCUACCAGCCCACGGUGCCCCUGGCGUGUGAGUACAGCCUGGAGCAGGAGGACCGCAUUGGCAGGCCUACCCACGACAUUGUGCUGAAGCCCGGGGACCUUCUCUAUUUCCCCAGGGGUAUAAUCCACCAGGCAGAUACCCCAGCAGGGGUGGAAUACUCCACUCACCUGACCAUCAGCACCUAUCAGAACAUGUCCUGGGGGGACUUCCUGCUGGACGUUCUCCCGGGCUUUCUGUUCGACUCCAUGAAGAGUGACGUCGGCUUGAGGGAGGGCAUUCCCAGGGAGCUGCUGACGGGCGGCGCCUCGCGGGGCCCAGACACGGCCAGGCGGCUGUCGGGCCUUUUGCGGCAGCUGGCAGACCGGAUGGAGCUGGGAGGCGAGCUACGCUCCGCCGAGAUGCAGAGGGAUUUCGUGGCCAGUCGGCUGCCGCCAUACCUGCAGGAAGGCAAUGACGUCUCACCAGGUGGGAGUUGGGGGGGAUUGGGGAGGGUAAGCCCUGUUGCCAUGGUGAUAGACCUGCCUCACUGUAUGUGUAUAUGUGUCAUAGCUGGCAAGAUGCCAGCACUGGAGGACAGGGUCAGUAUGCGGUACAGGGACCAUGUGCUGGUGACUGUGGAGCUCAGCCAGGAGAGAACGGAUGAGCCCAGAGAGCUGGUGGUCUUUGUGCUGCACUCUCUGAGGAACAGCAGGAAGACGCACAUGAUGGGGGAGCAGGAGGAAGAUGAGGAUGACGAUGAAGAGGGACAGGUGCAGCCUGGCAGCCAAGGCCUGCGCUUCCCCAUCUCCCACCUGCAGGCCCUCCGGCAGCUGCAGAGCGCAGACUGCCUCCCGGUGGCCAGGCUGCAGCUGCAGCUCGACUCAGACAAGCUGAACCUGGCCAUGGCCCUCUGGUCCGAGGGGCUGCUGCACGUGUGCUAGGCCUAAUAAAAUCCCCGCGACUGCCUUAUCUGGUGUCAGCGGCAUUGCAUGAUGGGAAAUCAUGCAGUAACGUGAAUGUGGAUGAGCUCAGGACCUCUGGGUUUGUGGCACAGUAACGUAUUAAAGACCACAACUAGUACAUAAUGAAUCUACUGCACUGUACCUGAGAGUAGUUCUAUCUAUUGUUAACUUAAUGGUAUCAUUUUAAAAAUUACUGAAAGGUGAAAAACAAAGUGUACCGUUUUGUGUUCUUCAGCAACAAAUAAUCACUCCAAACCAA